UGUACCAAUCAAAGCCCUUUAGAGACAUAUAUGGCUUCGUUUGCGCAUUGUGAUUGGCAGGUCUUUUAUAUUUGUUGGCUUUAAGCCAGUCAAAUGAAAGGAUGCGAAAGCAGUUUAAUGCUGACUGGCUCAUUGUAGGCAGAAGUUGAAACGCGUGUAUAAGCUCUGAGAGGAUACCGCAUCGCGACAAGGAGCUUCAUUUUUCAACGACAUUGUCCUGAACUCUUUCAGCUCCAACAUUACCAGUACCUAGUAAGUUACCGGCAGUUCCCUCGGAUCAUCUUAACCACAAUGAGAAUCCCCGACGAUGUUACGAUUGGCAACUGGAGCAGCACGAAUGAAACGGACUACGUCCUGAUGUCGCAGGUGGUCUCGGACCCCCUCACGACUAUCGUGGGCCCUGUGCUGUACGGCACAGUAACGACGGUGGGUCUUCUCGGCAACUUGCUGGUGAUCUACGUGCUGUUGGGACACACGAGAGUGAAGGACGCUACGAAGUACUACAUCCUGAACCUGUCCUUUGCCGACACGCUCUUCAUGCUCGGUAUACCGUUCAUCUCCGCCUCGGCAGCCAUAGGGAGGUGGGUGUUCGGGAGAGCCAUGUGCAAGAUUGUCUUGUCCAUGGACGCCAUCAACAUGUUCACCACGGUGUUCAACAUGGCCGUGUUGAGCGUGGACCGCUACCUGGCCAUCGUCCGUGCCUCCAGCCACCCCCAUCUCCGCCAGCCGAAGGUAGCGGUCGCCGUCAGCCUAUCCGUGUGGUUAGCAGCCAUCGUACUGGCCAUCCCCGUCAUGACGGUCAGCGAUACCGUCAUGCUGAUGAACGGAGACUACGUAUGCAUGCUCGACUGGCCCGCUGACAAUGUCAUGUUGUGGUACGAGGCCUUCAUUUCUUACACCUUUGCCAUGGGUUUCGUUGCCCCUCUGUCAGUGAUCAGCGUGUCCUAUGUGAUGGUGAUCCGUCACCUCAGGCGCAACACGUCCACUCACGCCGCGGUGGCCAGGGCCUCUGCCGGCGUGCGGAACAAAGUGACCAAGACGGUGAGCGCCAUCGUGGUGACGUUCGUGGUCUGCUGGCUGCCGUUCCACGUGUGUCAGCUCCUGAACCUGAUCACAGACCUGCCGCUGAAGCCGAUGCUGGCGGUGUCUCACGUCGCCAUGGUCAUGUCCUACGCCAACAGCUGCGUCAACCCCAUCCUGUACGUCUUCAUGAGCCAGAAGUUUCGGAAGAGCGUGCGGAACGCGCUGCGUUUGAGUCGGAAAAAGGCCGGUCUUGAUCUGAGGGGUUACAACCAGAACAAGGACACGGCAGUCGCAAGACAACGGCGGCAAAUAGAUGCGUUCUUCGAGGAGGAAAUAUGUGAGGUAAAGUUUGCAACAGUUGAAUCUGUGUCUCCCCAAGGAGUUGUCGUGUAUGUAACAUCGGUAUAGGACAUUGGAGAGAUAGAAAGAAGAUGACGCAUGUUGGUACGAUUUAGAUGAUCCUACUUCAGGUUGUUCUACCCAAAGACUUGUGAAUAUGUGGUUUGAUUUGUAAACUGUUCGGCCAUUUGAUAUUUUAGGGUUUAUCUGAUCAUUGAUGUUGGAUAUGUUAUUCUUUCUUAUAAAUAUUACCUUCGAU